AUGGAGGAGGCUGUGAGGAGGAGGAGGAUGCCCCAGGACUCCCAGGCAGAGAAUGAGCUGAGGAUUGAGAUCAAGGAGGACAAAUCCCAACAGCAGAAAGUCAUGGAAGAGGUGGUUUUCAGCAGCUCCAUGGCACAGGAAUCCAAUGGGGAGGAAAAGCCCCGGAGAUCUUGUGCAAGGAGGGGCUUCAAACCCAGCCCAGGGUGCUCUGAGGGGGAAAGACCCACCCAGUGUCAGGAAGGCACUCAGAGCUUCAGCCGGGGCUUGGAGCUGGGGGUCCAUGAGCAGCUUCACUCUGGGGAGAAGCCCUACAAGUGUGGGGAAUGUGGGAAGGGCUUCAGCACGAGCACCCUCCUGCUCCGUCACCGACUGAUCCACACUGGGGAAUGGCCCUACGAGUGUGUGGAAUGUGGGAAGGGCUUCAGCUGCAGCUCUCAACUGAUCCAGCACCAGCGCAUCCACACUGGGGAGAGACCCUAUGAGUGUGGGGAAUGUGGGAAGAGCUUCAGCUGCAGUUCGAGUCUGACUGUCCACCUGAGGAGCCACACAGGGGAGAGGCCCUACCAGUGUGGGAAAUGUGGGAAGGGCUUCAGAGAGAAGUUCCAUCUGAUAAGGCACCAUCGCACCCACACUGGGGAGAGGCCCUACCAGUGUGGGGAAUGUGGGAAGACCUUCAGUCAGAGCUCCAACCUCAUCUCCCACCAGCGGAUCCACACUGGGGAAAGGUGCUACGAAUGUUCUGAAUGUGGGAAGAGGUUUCAGACCAGCUCCAAUCUCCUCAAGCAUCAGCCAAUUCACACAGAUGAGAGGCCUUUCCGCUGCCCCGACUGUGGGAAGGGCUUCAAGCAAAACUCCCAUCUCAUCACCCACCAGCGCAUCCACACUGGGGAGAGGCCCUACAAGUGUUCCCAGUGUGGGAAGAGCUUCUCCAGGAGCUCUCACUUGAUCCAACACCAAUGAAGGCACCGGUAAGGGAAUCCCUGUGAGUGCCCUGACUGCAGGAAA